AUGAACACAUCAAGGACGCAGACGCAAACCAUACAGCCGGAGCUCCAUUUGGUGGGCGCAGCAUCGCCCAGCACAGAUACGCAGCCGCAACAACAGGGCCAGAAGAAGAAGAAGCCAAAGGUGAGGUGGAGCGAGGAGACGAUUGAUAACGAGGACAUGGGCAAGAAGAAGUCAAAAAUUUGUUGCAUCUUUCAUCCACAGAAGUCAUUUGACGAAUCAUCAGAUGAGUGCCAUUCUUGCUCUUCCUCCGACUCUGAUUCGGAUAGCGAUUCAGAUUCGGACAACGAUGGGAAUGAGGCAGACAAGGCCAAGCCAAAGUCUGGCAAAGCCGGUGGACUGCCGAGUCCGAACGCAUAUGAAUACCAACCAAAGUAUAAGAAUAAGUCGCAGCUUCCCAAAGAAGGGUCUUCAAGUUGA